GGAAAGGCUUGAAACCAUCACAGCAGGCUGCGUUAGUGGUGGAUGUUGUAGAGUGAGCAUUGACGGCCGGUUGUGUUGGUGAGGUGUGUGUGAACGUCUGCAAUGAGAAUCUUGAAACUACGCCGUGUUUGACACUGUUCGCCUGAGUAACUGUGUAGGACUAAUGUGACGUUACAUUGCUACGCUCGAGCCGCCCGGAGUCCCUUUCCGUGUUUUAUUCGGCAAGGGAGCCUCCGAGAAGGCUCCGAGGGGCGCUUGAGAUCUUUUGUUCCUAUCGGCUUUCUCGCUGCGGUCAACGCCAUGGCGCACACCCAGCCGAGUGUAAACUGCAGUCUGGAUGACAUCGACCUCAACAGUCUAAAGGAUCCUGCUGGUAUAUUUGAACUAAUUGAAGUAGUCGGAAAUGGUACCUAUGGACAAGUAUACAAGGGUCGGCACACCAAGACUGGUCAGCUUGCGGCCAUUAAGAUUAUGGAUGUUACUGAGGAUGAAGAGGAAGAAAUUAAGCUAGAGAUUAAUGUCCUAAAGAAGUAUUCCCAUCACCGUAAUAUUGCCACCUACUAUGGGGCAUUCAUACAGAAGAGUCCACCAGGCAAAGAUGAUAAGCUCUGGUUGGUCAUGGAGUACUGCGGUGCUGGUUCAGUCACAGAUCUUGUCAAGUCAACCAAGGGCCAGUCACUGAAGGAAGAGUGGAUUGCUUACAUAUGCAGAGAGAUCCUCAGGGGUCUGAGCCAUUUGCAUGCCAACAAGAUUAUACACAGGGACAUCAAGGGGCAGAAUGUCUUGCUCACCGACAAUGCUGAAGUAAAGCUUGUGGACUUUGGAGUAAGUGCUCAGUUGGACCGUACAAUAGGACGACGUAACACAUUUAUUGGAACUCCUUAUUGGAUGGCCCCAGAAGUGAUAGCUUGUGAUGAGAACCCAGAUGCUACAUACGACAACAGGAGUGAUCUGUGGUCCCUUGGAAUCACUGCACUUGAAAUGGCCGAGUCACAACCACCUCUGUGUGACAUGCAUCCAAUGCGAGCGCUGUUUCUAAUCCCUCGGAACCCACCGCCUCGGCUCAAAUCACGCAAGUGGGCAAAAAAGUUUCACAGCUUCAUUGAGACGGUACUGGUAAAGGACUACCAACAGAGACCAUACACCGAGCAGCUGCUCAAGCACCCUUUCAUCAAAGAUCAGCCCACCGAGAGACAGGUGCGCAUACAACUCAAAGACCAUAUGGACCGGUGCCGUAAACACAAGCGCUCAGCCACAGGAGCAGGGGGUCCUAGGGAGGUGCCAGGAGGGCCUGACGAUUACCGAUACAGUGGUAGUGAGGGUGAGGAUGAGGACGGCACAGCAGGGGAGCCAGGCUCCGUGGAGCCAGCGCAACGUGACUUGACCCUGAAGCGCAACUUUCAGCAACUACAGGCCCGGGAUGGUACCCUCACUGCUCCACAACAGCAGCAACAGCAACCAAGCAAGCCUCCCGAGCUCCCUGCAAGGCCACCACCGGUACCACCACAGAGAGUUAUUGUGGUGCCUGAUCCCCCGCCUCCUAGCAAGCCGUUGCCACCAAUCCCUGUGGAGGAAGAGCGCAAGCCAGCCACACCACCACGUAACCAUCAGGCUGGUGGAGCCCGGGGAAGUUCCUCAUCCCACCAGCAGCCCCUGCCGCCGCCACCAAAUAGUAGAGGCCCCAACCGCAGGCCAGAGGAGCUGGAAGUGCUAGCGCAGCAGCUGAAUGAGCUUGCCCUGGGGGGUGCGGGGGGUCGGGGCUCAAACGGAGCCCGCCUGGCACCAUCACAGAGGCUCAACGGUGCCCAGCCCAGGCCACCUGCUUCAGCCGAUGUAGGCUCCGACUCUGAUGAGGACGAUGGCCUCAUUCAGAAUGAUGGCACCCUACUGGCGUCAGACCCACCGAGGCCCUUACCUCCAGAUGGCUAUAACCAGGAGACUCUGCGCUGCCUGGCCUCUGAGGACCCACUGUGCCAGGCCCCCAACAGGCCUCUGCCUCCGACUCCUGAUGAAGAGGAAGGUCGCAACGAUGCCACGCUUGUUAUGCGCAGGAUACCAAGCAACAACAGCAGCAGCAGCAGCAAUGAACAGAGGCAUUCAUCAUCUGCUGGAAAAAAUGAGCGCGGGAAAUUACCUGCAACCAGCAGCGCAGCAGCAGCUGCACCCAGCGCUGCUAGUCGACGUUCUGAAGAGCACCCACGACGGUCUGGUCACUCCCAGCAACAGCACAGACUCAAAGAGCGGCCGCGUGAGAGCAAAGGCCGUCGGAAAGAGUCGUCAGCAUCGGCGACCACUGCAGCCGAAGUAGCCAGCCGGCAGGAUGUGCGCCGCCCCACCGAGCGAAAACAUUCGCAGCAACUCCCAGGCCAUGCUGAUCGCAAUCCAGCAGCAGUUGCUGAGUGGCUCAUGAAACACUCAGGAUCGCCUGCAGUCAGGUCAUCACUCAACUCCUCUGCUGGGACGCCCAGCCCUGAAAGGCUGUUACAACGUGAGGGAGCAGCCGAUUCUACGAGUUCAAGUGGUGAUGCUGCUCUCUUGCGAGAGGAGACAAGUAGUAAGGGCAACCAUGAUGACCGACUGGGACGGUCAGACCUGUCCCAAAGUUCGUCAGGCAACCUGUCCAAUGCUCGGUCAAGUGGCGAACUACCUGAUUUGCUGCCACGUCACGCACAGCAACGCCAGCAGGAUAAGUCAACUUCUGAUGAGUACCGACAGGCUCUUAACCCACCGGCUCCACCUCAGUUGCAGUUGCAACAGAAGCAGCGCUCGUUCCUGGCAUUUGGCUUUAGCGCGGGUGGGGGCAGCACAGCGGGGGGUGGGGCCCCCCCAGCCCCAUCUCCCCGGCGGGAGUCCCAUGUCAACGUCAACGUCACACCCACCUCGCAUGAGGCAGUGAGCACCACCCCGGAGAUCCGCAAGUACAAGAAGCGCUUCUACUCGGAGAUCCUCUGUGCAGCUCUCUGGGGGGUGAAUCUGCUGAUUGGCACGGAGAAUGGCCUGAUGCUGCUGGACCGCAGUGGGCAGGGCAAGGUGUACCAGCUCAUUUCGCGCCGGCGCUUUCAGCAGAUGGAGGUGCUCGAGGGCCAGAAUAUCCUGGUCACAAUCUCUGGCAAGAAGCAGCGUGUGCGCGUCUACUAUCUUUCCUGGCUGAAGAGCAAGAUCCUGCGCACAGAUGCGCAAGUUGAAAAGCGCAAUGGCUGGAUAAACGUCGGGGACCUCCAUGGUGCAGUUCACUUCAAGAUAGUGGUGUGGUCAAUUCCCCAACACGAUCUAAAGGAGUGGGAAAAUACCUUUCGAAUUUGGAGUGGCAACGUGAAGUACGAGCGCAUCAAGUUUCUGGUGAUAGCGUUGAGGGACAGUAUCGAGAUCUAUGCCUGGGCACCCAAGCCAUACCACAAGUUCAUGGCGUUCAAGUCUUUUCCCGAGCUGAUCCACAAACCUUUGGUGGUGGACAUGACCAUCGAGGAAAACAUUCGCCUCAAGGUGGUGUACGGAUCAUGCCAAGGAUUUCACGCAGUGGAUUUGGACUCUGGAGCUGUUUAUGAUGUUUACAUUCCUUCCCAUUUCCAGGAUCGUGCAGCAGGGAACCAGGGUCAGAUCACCCCCCACACCAUUGUGACUCUUCCAAACUCCAAGGGUGUCCAGCUACUGCUCUGCUAUGACAAUGAGGGUGUCUACGUGAGCAUAUAUGGCAGAGUCAGCAAGAACAUUGUCCUGCAGUGGGGAGAGAUGCCCACUUCAGUCGCAUACGUUGGCACGGGCCAGAUCAUGGGCUGGGGCAACAAGGCCAUUGAAAUUCGUAGCGUGGAGUCUGGCCACCUGGAUGGUGUGUUCAUGCACAAGAAGUCACAAAAGCUCAAGUUUCUCUGUGAACGCAAUGACAAGGUGUUCUUUUCGUCAGCCAAAGGCGGCACCUCCUGCCAGAUCUACUUCAUGACACUGAACAAGCCAGGAAUGGCCAACUGGUAACCAUGGUACCAGCAGGCUGCCUCUCCCCUUUUUACCGCCAGCAGCCAUCAAACAGCAUAGUUUAGUUACUUUGAAAGUGUCCGUUCACCAUGCUUGGGCAAAUGCAGCAGUUUUUACCUAUUUCUGCUAUUGGUAGUAACGCUUAAAAAAAAAAGUGUGGAGUGGUUUUACUGAUGUUUUCACUUUUUGCCUUCCACCUGAAGCUAAAACCCCAAGUGAGCAAAAAUUUCAGUUGGCAGGAGCAAUGCAGGCUAUUUUGCAGUCUUCAGCGUGCGUCUCUCAAGAAACGUUGUGUAACUGCCCUCGGUGGUAAGGCAUUAUGUGUAGAAUUUAUGAAUGUGCUUGUCGCUGGAGCUACCCAUCAUUGCUGCACCCCAGAGAGCAGUUGUAUAGCCUCACCUAGUCCCAACACAUCAACAGUUUUGGAUUUUUGGAAAUGCUAGCAUUUCAAGCCUGAAGUUUGCCACACAGCCUUAUAAUUUGAAACAUUUCGUAAGUGCAUUAAGAAUGUCAUCUUCGUGAAUUAGUUUCACAAGAACUGUCCCUUUAUGCUUUAUGCAGACCAUCUGCCAAACGGAUUACAUAAUUGUGGUAAAUCAUAGGAGUAUGAGUAAACAGCUCUGGCAUUUUGCCGAGAUAUAUUCUUCUUCAUCUUAUCAUUGCCUCAUCUCUCUGGAGAUUCGACUGUAAUGUGUGUAUACCUCUACUUGCACCAUUGUUGAAACAAUGCUUUGUUUUGCAAAGUCGAAAACUGCUGCGUUUGCCAUAGCAUGCUUACUUUUGCCUGGGCCAUUUGCUUGUGGCAAUGAAUUGACUGGCCACAUUAGAAAGCUCUUCUUUAUAUGGGGCCAUGCUAUGGUUUUGUUGUCAGCCAGCUGGUGCCCGGGUGUAUGACUAGCUGCACUGUCUUAAGAUAAUAUGCUGUUAGCUCCUACUGCAGGUCCUUGCAGCUGAUGCUCAUGAUUGACAUUGUUGGUCCAUCAAAACUGGAGAAAGAAGAAAGUGCUUUUGCCUGAGCGAUGUGCACUGCUCUCUAAGCAGUAGCUUUAGUGGGUGCAAGAAAAAAAGAGGAAUAGAAACUGCAACUAUGGUCUUGUUGCAGAGUGGCAAUGUAAAAGUGCACAUAGUUACAUAUCUACAUUUUUGUUUUGUGCAAUACUGCUUGUAGUUGAUCUGAGCAGUUGGACUCUGUAUGCUGCUGUCCUUUCUACUGCUUCUGUCAUUUGUGGUCCAAGGCAUGGUUGCUCCCAAGUUUUCUUAUAUACAUACAUAUAUAUAUAUAUAUAUACAUAUAGUCGUGGCAUGUGAAGGCUGUUGUCUCCUUGGCUUUUGGUCGAUGUCAUGACCUGUAUUUAUCAUGUACAGAAUUCCUCUAUUUAAUUUUGAUCGUCCUAUGCUGAGGGAAUCGGAAAGCUUUGCUUUCCCCUUAUUUUUUGUUAGACUUCUUGGAUGCUUGUUUUUGAAGUGCAGUGCCACUGUAGAAAAAAGACGACUUGUGUUCUCUUAGCAUCAUGUUUGUGAUCGUGUUUGACACAACUAUACUGGCAGGCCUUUAUCAGGAGUGUGCAUAUUUGUAACAUGGGUUGCGUUGCAUUGAGCAAAGUCUAUUGCAAGAAUUCUUUUCGUCUAGAUGGCAAACAACUUGCAAAGGCUGUUUAUAGAAAUCAAUUAUGCAUGUUUGCUCUGUGCCAACCAGGAUGUGCUGAAGCACCUGUGAGCAUUACGUUACUGACCAGGCACCAUUGCUUAUUUCAUAAAGAAGUCUGAUCUGUCAUGAAAUAGUAUUGGUUUUGGCUUUGGAUCGAAGGCCUAAUAUCAUUUGUGCUUCUGUAGUUUGUUCCUUUUUGUUAUCGCUGCAAAUAUUUUUGUUAAAGCAGCAGACCAGGCAGUUUGCUGCAUUGGUAUGAACUGAAAUGCAACCACAUGCUAGUGAACUCUAGCCUGAGUAACACUCAAGCAGCUGUUGCAAUUGGUUAUAGAGCAUUUAAGCCAAUAGAUGUAUGACAUGCUUUUAUUUGCUCAGAAUUGCACAUUAAAGAGCUGAGCAGAGUGAAAAAGAAAGAAUGGAUUUCUUGUUUUCCCGUGGGAUAAGAAAAAGCCCUCUCAGUUUCCUGUUCACUCUUGUACAGGUGCUAGUCUAACACACUCAAUCAGCCAUAGCAUUUGGUUACAGAGCAUUUAAGCCAGCAAGUGUAUGACAUAUUUUUAUUUGCUCAGAAUUGCACAGUAAACAGCUGAGCAGAGUGAAAAAUAAAAAAAAAAUGGAUUUCUUGUUUUCCCUUAGAAUGGCCGUAAGAAAAAGCCCUCCGUUUCCUGUUCACUGUUGUACAGGUGCUAGUCUAACACCCUCAGACUUUGCUCUUUCGCUGCUUAUUGUACGCGCAACCGCAACCAUUUUCGUUGCCUGACCUUUGCACAAAUUUUUGUAUCUGGUCUUGCAUACUUGCCACUUUCGUGUCGCCCAACAAGCUGACUCGGAAGUGAGUGUGUUUGUAGUAGAAUCUGAAACUGGGAAACAUUGAGUUAGAGGCCCAAGCUUCAUUCUACUGUCGUUCCAGUUUAGAGCAAAACUUGCCCUCAGCAACCAGUCGGCAACUGGAAUCACACAUUGGUUUUGUCUGAUGAGGCCUUGUAGUUGCUCAAUACAUGGCCUAGCUAACCUAUUCGAACUGAGAGGCUAAGCACAAUCUCCUAAUGCCAAUCCUUUGUUCGAGCUUGGCUGCCACUAAUGUCUGUGUGCCAGCAUUUGGCGUGUGCUAUCACUUCGUGUUAGUUCUUCACAGACUGCACGGUUUGGAACAUCCUGCAAAAGGAGCUUCAACCCCUCCCCCCCCCCCCCCUUCUUUUUGUUUCUUCAUUUUUUCUCUGCAGUAAUUUGCUGCGGUAUUUAUCACGUUUGGAUACAAUAAGCUUUUGUAUCAUUGUCAGGCAGACAUUGAGUUACCACAGCUCCAGUGUCCAUUAUGCCUCACUUGAAGCAAAUACUUGUUCAUUUCAUGCAGGGGAAUGGUGUAUGUUGAUAUUUUGUUUUUUAAGUUGUGGACCUUGUUUUCUCACUAGCCAGCAUAUUCAUGCACUCCCCCCCCCCCCUCCCUCACUUCCUCCCCAACAUAUGGCUUCUUUUUUUUGUUCUUGUUUGCAAUUUGAUGGCUUUGUUUUGUUGUCCUAGUUUAUUGCAAAGUGGUAAAUACGACCAUAUGGUUAUGUUUUGUAUAUAUUGACAGAUGCUCCUUUUGCUUAUAGAUUUAAAAUGGCGAACAAACUCAACAGCAAGCAGGAAGGAAUAUUAUCAAAGUUUGGUCAGCUUUUCCACAGGCUCACUGUAAUGUCAAUAAUAGUGCCAAAGCCUUCCCCCCCCCCCCCAUAUUUUUUUUUAUUUUGUUGCAUUACAGGGCUCUCGUUGCAAGUGGCACUUGAUCCUUCUGUGUCUUUAUUAGUUUUUUUUUUCAUGCGUACUGCACAUGUCAGAGGUGCAUCUGAUAGUCAACUGAACGCAAUGAGAAAAUGUGUGUCCAUGUACAUAAACAUAUGCGUAUAUGACAUGAUUUACGAGUAACUGCAUCCCUUCGCAUAUUUGCUUGCUGGAGCAUGUAUGGUACUUCAAUAGAAAACUAAUAACCUGUAGCUUAUUUAUGACUGACCACAGCACGGCCGCAGAGCUUUAGAAAAUGUUUGCCGCACGUUGCCUGUAGGCUGCAUUGUGCGCGUGCUCAAAGAUGUCCCCCUUUUACGCUACACGUAAGAUAGUCGUGGUUGUAUUUCUGAAAGCUUUCUCAGACAAGUGAUAGGAUGUCGUUGGCACUUCAUGCUUCACUGUUUGCAGCCAGACAGUCAGUAGCAUCAGACGCAUAAUCUGCGUUUCAACCUGGCUGCGUGCAUUACAGCUUUGUGGUCGUGCUGUAUAGAGAAAAGCUGGAGCGAACCAAGGUGUACAAUGGUAGACCCAUAUCUAUUAAGCUACUUCACAAGUGUUUGACCAGGGCUAUGUAUACUGAACGAUGUGUCAUAUAAGCAAAUCUUUUGCAAGAUGUUAUCCCAGGGGAACUUUUUUAAUGCAUCUUCGAGAAUGAGAGAGAAAAAAAAAAGAGCAACGACUAUGUAACAUACAUCUGCAAUUUUAUAUGUUUUAGUGAUUCUGUCAAUAAAGUUUUACAGAUUUUU